AUGGUUGGCGCAGUGGAGGUUCCAGCCAGCGGCAUCCGGGCUGUCGACUUUGAGGACAAGGACCCGAGAGCCCUUGCCCCCAGCCGCCUACUCUUCCGCCGCCUGAGCGAAGGCUUCCACCGCUCGCCUCGUGUUGGCGAAGCCGUCAACACACUCGAUCCCGGCCGCCUUGCACUCCUCAAGGAAGGCCUCCUUGAGGUCGUCGGCUUGUGCAAAGACAAGGCCGACCUCCCUGGCGGGAAUCGCACGAAUGAUGGGCAAUUGCUUGCCUCAUUCUCGACCCUUGGACAACAUCGUCGGGGCCUUCCCAUUCCUCCGCCUCCGUGA